CUUAACUAAAAAUAGUAUAUUAAAUCUAAACUAAGAAAAAUGGAUAGAACUUAUAAUACAAAUAAUGUUUGGACAACAACUAAUGGAUUUACGAUAGAAAGACGUCGUCCUAAUACACCGGACAAUUUAAGCAUACAAUCCACAAUUUCUGGACGUAUCUCCGCAAGAGGUCAUAGUGCCGCUAGCGUCGAACAUGUCAAUCAAAAUAAUAAUAGCGCCAAAUCACCACCUGCGCUGCAUCACUAUCCAAAUAAUAAUUUAAUAGGGGUGGAAUCCAGAUUUCGUCGAAAAUACUACAACAAAACCCUAUUCAUUUUGCUCAUAGUAUUAAUAAUCUUAUUGUUAAUAACCAUCAUAGUUUUAAGUGUUUUAUUAAGCAAAAACUCUAUUAGUACAAUUUGUCGCUCCAAUGAAUGUCUGCGGACAGCGUCAAACUUAAUAUACUCAAUGGACGAAGAGACUGAUCCCUGUGAGGACUUUUAUCAAUUUACCUGUGGUCGCUGGUCUGACGAACAUCCACGACCCGAUUCUGUGAUAUCGAAUGAUUGGUUUCGUGAACGACAGAUUCGCAUAAUGCGUCAAUUGCGUAAAUUUUUAAAACAAAAUGUCAGCGAUACCGAGCCCGAGGCAGUGGCCAAAGCAAAAUUAAUGUAUAAAUCCUGCAUGGACACUCAAACACUGGAGGAGAGAGGCAUGGAACCAAUAGUACACUUCCUAAACGAAUUUAAAUUGCCCAUAAUACCUAGUGGCUUGAAUAUAACAUUAAGCCCUGAGAGUGUUAAGAAAUACAAUCAAACUAAGGAAUUCAAUUGGUUGCAGUCUAUAGUUUAUAUUAAGAAAUUUUUAUCUAUGGAUAUAAUGAUCGGUUUUGAUAUAUUUGCCGAUCCCUUUAAUCGUACCAUUAAUCGUAUUGCUUUGGGAACACCGGAAACCGAAUCAGCACUGCCGUUUAACAAUGAUGAUGUUCAUAAAAUUUUAUAUAAAGUUCGUAAAAAAUUUAUAUUGGCUGAUGAUGAUGAUGAUGACGACGAUGAAAAUGAGAUCGAGGCUCGUGAGGAAGAAGAGGAGGAGGCUGCUAAACAGACUUCAAGUGGCUUAAAAGCAUAUGUUUCAUAUGUUAAGAAAAUUUUCGAAAUUUAUUUAUUAUAUUUGGAUCCGGAUGCCAAUCCUGAGGAUAGCGAAGACAAUGUUGGUGAGAUGACUGUGAAUGCUGUUAAAGUGGCGAGAAAGAUUUUUAAGCUCAAAAGUGCCGCAGAAAAUGCCACAAAAUCUUCAAAAAAUCCCAUUGAUGACAUCAUUUACAUUACAGUAAAGGACUUGCAAAAACAAACCGACAAAUUAAUCUCACCCAAAACAAUACCCAUUUGGAACGAAUAUUUGCAAUUAAUGAUGACCGAUAGUAUAAAUACUAAGAACAUCAGUGGCAGUGAGAAAUUUAAUACAACCGAUUUAAAAAUCAUUACCAGCGAGGCCGAUAUUUUGUAUUUGCAAACCAUAGUCGAAUAUCUGCAAGAACUGCCAACAGCACAUUUGGAAUUCUAUUUAUGGCUUAGUGCAGUGGAAGAGUUAAUCCUUCAUACCACUAGUGAAAUGCGUCUGCUACAUGCCGAGUACAUGCGUCUGGUCAUUGGCACCGAAGGCAGUACACCACGUUCCUUAUAUUGUGCCCAUGGCAUUAACAGUCUCAUGGGCAUGGCACUAUCCUACGCAUUAGCAGACGACGACUUCACUCGCCACAAAUUGCCAAACGUUGAACGUAUGCUGAACGAUAUACGACGUUCGUUUAACAAUUUGGUGCGCUCGACGACGUGGAUGGAUGAGCCAACGAAAUACGAGACUUUACAAAAGUCUGCGGAAAUGAAAAGUUUCAUUGGCUAUCCCGAAUGGAUUACCAAUAACACCGCUCUAGACGAUUACUAUCAGGGUGUUAAGGUGAAUGCCUCAACCCAUUUGGAGAAUAUGGUGGGGGUACUGUUGUGGCAAACACAAAUGAAAUUGAAUGAUUUGAAUGUACCGGAACCAUUUGGUUGGGCCACCUCGCCUAGUAAUGUUAAUGCGUUUCAUACAUUUCAGGCGAAUGCCAUCACCAUACCAAUUGCAAUUUUACAAUAUCCCUUCUACGAUCUGGGUUUGGAAGCUCUUAACUAUGGUUCAAUUGGCACGAUAUUGGGACACGAACUGACACAUGGAUUUGAUGACAAUGGACGUAUGUUUGAUAAGAAUGGAAAUAUGGUACAAUGGUGGUCUAAUGAGACCAUAAGUGAAUACAUAAAUCGUACUGAAUGUUUUAUAGAACAAUAUAGUCACUACUAUUUGCCAGAUAUAGAGGAAUAUAUCGAUGGUGAAUUGACUUUGGGUGAAAAUAUUGCCGAUAAUGGUGGCAUGCGUGAAGCCUUUUAUGCCUAUCGUCUGUUUGUUAAAGAAAACGGUCGUGAGAAAAUCAAACUUCCCGGAUUAGAACACUAUAGCCAUGAACAGUUAUUCUUUAUAUCGUUUGGCAAUCUUUGGUGUGAAUCCUAUACACCAGCUGCCUCACGUUAUGCCGUAGAAGAUUCCCAUUGCCCGGGUAAAAUUCGUCUUAAAGGUGUGCUAUCGAAUUCAGAAGAAUUUGCUGAAACAUUUAAUUGUCCUCGUGGUUCGGGUAUGAAUCCCAAUGAGCCCAAAUGUCGUAUUUGGUAACUGCUUAGAAUAUGAUGAUAAAAUUAACACUAUUUGGUUGUGUCUUAUAGAAAUAGUAGAAAAAAUGUGUUUAAUUUGUAACGCAAAAAAAGUGAUGUAAAUAGAUUAGU